AUGUCACGGGAACAGCGCCAUGACUCGGAUCACGAACUUGUGUUGGAGAUCGACCAAGCUGAGCACCGUCGGCACUUCGUGCGAACUCCGAGACCAUAUUUUCACGACGGAGAGCAGGUAAAGCAAGAUGGAGGAUACAACGGCGAACUCCAUACAUCUCGGCAGCAAGAGUCAUCUGGCCACGUAAGCCGAAAAUGGGAGCGGCGGAGCGGGCAGGUGUCAUCAGCAGGCAGUGAGAGCGGGACCGAAGCAGACGACGAGAGACCGACCUUUGUGAAGGCUCUACCACCAAGCACAGUCCGAUUGCGCAAAGGGCUAAAGACAGGUGAAAAGGACGAAGAUGCCCUCCUCACACCAUCCCAGCUGGACGAGGAGGAGAGGCGUGUUAAUGGCUACUUCUUACGACGACAGUCUACCAUAGGCCAGCCAGGAGCCACGGAAGAGGUGCAGGAAGAGAAACAGGCAGAGCACGAGAAGUUGCGGAAGAGACGAUUUGCUGAAUUCAUUCGGCGCAUCUCAGAAGUUGCGCUCAUGGGCUUCAUCUUGCUUUGCGUACUUUGCGGCGAUGGAGUGCUAUGGACGGCGUGGAACUGGUGGCGGGAACUGUUGACCCAAGUCAUUCUAGUCAUCGCUCUCAUUCUGGCCUACCCUUUCAAGCUGUCAAUCGUGGACACACAAGCCCGGCACCACAAGCUAUGGCAACGCUUUCGCGUACCGGCAUCAUUUGAUCCAGCUACGGUAUUGUAUCCACCUCUACUACCCAUGCUGGUUGCUCUCUCAGUGGCGCCAGCGAAUCCGGCUGUCAUCAUGCCGAAUCUGAUCCUCGGGCUGGCAUCGCUGCCACAAAGACUGUUUCCGCGUUCGAGCCGACUCGGAGGAGUCAACGCAGUGCACUGGUUCGUGUCCAUACUCCCUCUCAUUGUUUCUCAAAACACGGCAUGGCCAUCCAAGAUGAGCCCAGCAUUGCCAUAUCUCCUCAAAGUACCGGAUGGAUUGUCUCCCGAGACGCUGGUGUCGCUAUAUCCGCUGCACCACGCACUGCUACAGCCUUUGCAAUACCUCACGACUACCAGUCUUUUGGUGACGGAACUGCAUUUGCUUUCUGUUUCAUUGAUAAACCUGCUGCUGCUGGCAUCUUCUCCGCAGAUUUACAUUCUUAAAGCGUGCCUUUGGAUCGGCGGCGUGUCUCUUUUGGUCACUUGCGCCCCGAUCUUGAAUUGGAAUGUGACUCUUGCACGGGUGCCGAAAUGGAAGUUGAGGCGGCCUGGUCACACUGCCGAGGAAAGAAAGUCUUUKGUAGACGCUGUGUCGGACUUGAUGAACAUACAACGCGCGACAACUGCAUUCAGCACAAUCAGUGAUGCAGAUGAUGACGACUAUGAUGACAGUUCGAGCGCUAUUUCAGCGAAGAAGUCGCGCAACGGCUUGAGAAGUCGCGAUACGACAACACUCAACACAGCUGGGCUGGUAUUUCCAGCGUUCAGCCCAGGCGGGCCAACCUCCGCUCUCGAGCCGCGCCGCAGCGUGACAAAAAUCUUCACAGWUCCAAAGCACAGCUAUCCGGGACGACCCAGAAGUAAUACAAUGCCCGCGCGCGACUACAAGACGGCUCACAGAUCACCUAGCGAUCGCAGGAAGCCAAGAUCGUCAAACUUGCUCUGGUGCCUGCAGCUAACCCCCGAACAAGCGCAGCGACGCAAAUGGCUGUAUGCCGGAAUUGUUUAUCUAUUCAUACUCGUAGUCAUACUUGCUCCCGUGAAAGAGUACGUCUCGAAGAAAGCUCUGCACGGACAGGAGCCGAUCGGCUGGGCGGUGGGGUACAUGAUAGGACAGAUUCCGUUGGUCCGCACAUCCAUUUGCACUUUGAAGAUGCAAUCAUGGAUACCCCUACCGAACGCGGCUUGGAGCUGGAAAAACACUCCACUAAGCACACCACUUCAUAUGGACUUGAUCAGCCUUGACCCUGGACCUGCUAACGUUCGACUUCUUCUCAUCGUCUACUGGGCAGCGGUCUUACUUGUCGGUCUCUUGGCGGUCUUCAGCCUUACAGCAUAUGUCGAAGUGGAUACACGCCGGAAAGUCUUCCAUGGAGUCAUGGUCGCUAUGCUGCUGCCCGCCACCUUCGUUGAUCCGUGCUACUGCGCAUUGGCACUCUCGCUUGUGUUGGCGGUUUUCCUUCUCCUCGAAGUUAUCCGUGCUGGACAGGUCCCGCCUCUAGGAAACGCCAUCGGCCGGUUUGUGGCACCUUAUGUCGACGGACGGGACCUCCGAGGACCUGUCGUCGUAAGCCAUAUCUUCUUGCUCAUAGGAUGCGCGGUACCGCUUUGGUUCUCUCUGGCGUCCAUUCCCCGGGAGGGCGGCAUGCCUUGGGUUGACUGGGAACUACUACACAACCGCCGGGAAGUUGCUAUGAUUGCUGGCGUUGUGUGCGUAGGCAUGGGAGAUGCGGCUGCAAGCCUCAUAGGCCGACGCUAUGGACGACGGAAAUGGAUCUGGGUCGGCGGAAAAAGUCUCGAGGGCAGCGCGGCCUUCGCUGCAGCCGUCACUUUCGGUUUGAUGGGUGCGAGAGCGUGGCAAUCGUUUGGUGGUUGGAACGAUCAUCCCUCGGGCUGGAAUAUAGCCAGCGGGAGUUUUCACGAAGACCUACUUGGUGAAUCUGGGGCAUUCCUGAGGAAUUGGGGAUCUGCGCUGCUCAAGGCUGUGAUUUGUGCUUGUGGAGCGAGUUUCAUGGAGGCCGUGCUCACCGGAGCAAACGACAAUGUUGUCGUGCCUGUGGCGCUCUGGCUCUUGGUCAAGGGGUUGAGAAUAUGA